AUGUACUCAGGUGCCACCGCCGGGAUCUUUUACAACUUUGUCUUCUUCCCCGCCGAUUCGAUCAAAAGCACCAUGCAGACUGCCUCUGAACUCACCCAAACUUCUCAUCUUCCACAAUCUCUUCCUGCUCAUGAAGCUCCAAAGAACGGCUUCUUAGAUGUAGGCCUUCGGAUUGUUAAGACUAGAGGCUGGAAGGGCCUUUAUGCCGGUCUGCUGGCCACCAAGACACGGGUGGCGGCUGAUCAGCUCUGGGGCCAAUGGGAACCUGCCCUGAGGUCUUUCGAGGAGACUGGGGUCCAGGGUGCUAACCAGCCAUGA